AUGGCACCAACCACACGUGCUUCUCUUGCCCCCACUACUCCCCAGAAGCCUAUCAGCAAGACGCCCUCCACCAGCCCAGAAGGCAGAAAGACUCCUCAUUGUCAAAUCUGUAAAAAGCCUCGCAAGGGCCAUCCGCGCCAGGGUUGCCCAAAUCAACCGCCGGCGGAUGAAGCGCUGGACGCGCCCGCACCCGAUCUUCGUCUUGCGAAUGCUCUCAGUUCGCUACGAAUAGGCUCAGAGGAGAGGAACGCCACUCCAUCUGUCACUCCCACCUCCAACUCUGCGGUGGCCAAGGACCCUUUCUCGAAGGCGAAGAUUAGGAAAGAGCAAGGCCGCAUCAUGCCUGGCACUCUGCUGCAGCCCACGGACAGUCUACUCGUGACCGACCCUCCCAGCCUCCCGUCUAGUCAGCGUACGGAAAUAUGGAAUCCCGACGAGCCUGAGGAGGGCUCCAAGCCUUUGACCGAACCUUCGUCGCUCGCACAGCAACCCACCGCCCACUCAUCACGUUCUCUCAUACGUUCCGCCAGUAUGAACGCCAGGGAAGACUUUCUCGAAGACCUUGACCGCGUUGCGGCCCGUGUGCCAGUUUCCGUGUACAUCGUGCCCGCUGCGGAUGUGGAGCAGCUACAGUCGUCUGCGAAGAAGGUCGGGUUCCGCACGGCCACGGUUAUCCCGGAGAAUGGUACGCGGAAGGAUGAGGCGAUAUUGGUCAUUGGCACGGAGGAUACGGCGGUAGGCGAUGUGCGCGAGAGGCUUGUGAAGGAGGAUGCUGCCACGGCCAAGUGCACCGGCCGCAAAAGCUAUGGUCUAGCACAGGUCGCCGGAGGGGCAAUGGUCGGCGCAGCAGCAGUAUUCGCAGGUCUCGCUAUGUGA